AUGGUACCUAUUGUAGCUGUUGCUGCUAUUGUUGAUACUAUUAACGGUGUUGUUUUUAUUGUUGUUGCUGUUGUUGUUGUUGUUGUUGUUGUUGUUGCAUUCAUUUUAACAGUAUCAUUGCAACAAUACAUAUUAGUAUUUGCAACAAUUACAUCCGAUAUUAAAGAUGUUGUAGAUGAUGAUAAUAUGCAAGAGGAAUUUUUGACUAUAUUAGAUGAAGUACUACAACAACAUAUUGUAUUAGUAUUAUCAGUUCGAUUUAUCAAAUCAUUGCUAAUAUUACCAUUUUUAUUUAUCAAUUUUGGCGCAAUUGUUGAAGUGGAAUUGGUCACUUGA